GUGAGCGUGCGGGCGCAGCUUCGCCGUGGUUUCGGUUGAGCAUUCUUGGCAACGUCUCUCUCGGUGAACAGGCUGCCGACCGUCGGCUGUUUCCACAAUGUCUGGAGAAUUAUUUUAACGGAGUAGGAGCCGAGAGGAGCCGCCGGAGCAGCGUUAGAGUUACACUGCGAGCAGCUGGAGGAACAAAGAAUCCUGUCUUCAAAGGGAGCUGAAUGUGGGCCACCUGAGUUACUUCGCCUGUAAGCAUUUUGUUGAAUCACCGUGCCCUAUCUUGGCAGAGAUUAAAAUACUGAGCCUCAUCUGCCUGCACAGUGACGUCAAACCUCACCACACCUGCUUCACCUGCACAGCUGGAGGCAGAAAAGAUCUGCAUUAGACUGAAAAAGUCCCGAGAAAGAAGAGCAGAAUUGACACUGAUUCAAAGUGGUCCAUCAUGGACCAGUGAAGUCUUUCCCACCCUGCCCGUUAAAAGCAAUGUUUUUGGGAGCUGGAGGCCGUAACGCCAUUAGCAGAGUGCGUGUGGGGCCAUUACGCUCCCUCUUCCCCACCACCCCUCCUGACAUGGGAUGCCAGCCCCCUGCCCACCUGCCCUAAGCUCUCCUGGGGUGCCAUGAACAGCUACAGAGACAGAGGGGUAACUUGCACCUCCUCAGACCUUCUGGAUGGAGGAGGAGGAGGGUUGCCACCACACGCUUCUUUUCGUCACACCCCCAAUGGCCACCCGGCCCCUGGGCACCCAGACCUGGCCAACCAACCGCGCAACUCCGUGCCCAAAAUGGGUGUUCGAGCGCGGAUUGCAGAAUGGCCUCCACGCCGUGCACAGUCCCGGGAGUCGCUGCUUGAAAAUGGGCAAAUUGGGAGCAAUCACUACGCCGAUGACUGCUCCACGUCUGUUUCAUCAUCGGUUUUGUCAUCUGACGUGAGGUUGGUGCGGGGAGGAGUUGCCAGGUUGCCAAGACGGCGGUCCAAGGAUGUAGAGUUCAGAGGAGGAGGGUUUGAAAGAAGUUCACCUUUCAGCCUACGAGUGUUCCCACCUUUGAGACAGCGUUCCAACAGUGAAGUGACACUGAGUGAGCAGGACGAAAAUGAGGUGGAGGCUCGUGGAGGUGGCGCAAUGGGGAACCGGUUCCGAGAGUAUGGCAGCACCUCCUCCAUCGACAUCCAGGGCAUUCCUGAGCAGAGCUUCUUCGACAUGCUCAGCCAGUUCCACCAGGAGAGGCCUGACCAGCGCAGCUCAGCACCUAUACACCUCGGGGAGCUGCUGCGGGCUCCAGACUCACCACCAAGCGCACCUCUGCCCUCUGCUCCCUCCCCUGGUUCAACAGGUGGGGAUGACAGAGGAAGGAAGGAUGGCGAGAGAGUGAGGAAGAAAAGUGGAGGGACAGAGUCGUCAUUGGGUACCUCCUCUUUGUUCCGGAAGCUUCGAAGCUCGAGUAGAGGGGAGCUGGAUGGAGGAAAAGGAGAGACUACAGAGGACAGGGGAGGGCGAGGUUUAACGGAUUCCUCCUACAAACCAUGGGUGUGUCCCAAGAGCUUUGUUCACUUUGAUGCUCAGAGCAUCCUGUUUGACCUCCAUGGAGCAGCGGCUCAGCGUGGCUUUGUCACCCAGAGGAGGAACACAGCCACGGGGGCAUCAGCUGCUUCAGUGUCCCUGUCCAUCUCCAGAUCCUCAGCUCCCAGUGUCAACGACCCCAUUUAUUCCAGCAUUGAGGAUCUGACCAUGAGCCUGGACCAGGGCUCCACAACGCCCUCCCUGGUCAUGGACCCUCUGGAUGGGCCUGGAGCCCACAGCUCGAGCCCACUGCUCCUCUGCUGCCCCCAUUUCCUCAAUGAGACUGGGGGCCACGGGGAGCGCAACAUCAGCUUCCUCAGCUCUUCAGCGGAGAGAGGAGGAGAUGGAGGAGGAGAAGGAGGAAGGGGGUGGCUGAGGAAGAGUAAUGCCAGCGUGUCGGUGCUGGAGGUGCCUGUUGAACAGCAGGUUACAAGACUGGACAGACUGAAACUGUACAGCAUAGAGCAUGUAGACCUGGGGGCCAGAUACUACAGAGACUACUUCCAUGGAAAAGAGCACUCAAACUACUUUGGGACAGAUGAUAAGCUGGGCCCUGUGGCAGUGAGCAUCCGCAGAGAGAAAGUGGAAGACACCAAAGACCUGAAAGAUCAGUACCAGUACCGCCUCAUCGUCAGGACAAGCGAGCUUGUGACCCUGCGAGGCUCCAUUUUAGAAGAUGCGGUGGCGUCCACGGGGAAACACGGCACAGUUCGAGGUCUGCCGCUCAAAGAGGUCCUGGAACAGGUCGUCCCCGAGCUCAACGUGUCCUGUUUGAGACUGGCACUCAGCACAGCCAAAGUCACAGAGCAGCUCCUAAAACUGGAUGAACAGGGACUAAGUCAGAAGCACAAGGUGGGUGUUCUGUUGUGCCGUGCAGGCCAGAGCACAGAGGAAGAGAUGUACAACAACGAGGAGGCGUCACCCGCCUUCUCUGCCUUCCUGGAGCUGCUGGGGGAACAGGUGCUUCUCAAAGGAUUCACCAAAUACGCUGCACAGCUCGACACAAAGACGGACUCGACAGGCACCCACUCUCUGUACACCACCUACCAGGGCUACGAGGUCAUGUUCCACGUGUCCACCAUGCUACCCUACAUGCCCAACAACCCACAGCAGCUCCUCAGGAAAAGGCACAUAGGGAACGACAUUGUCACCAUAAUCUUUCAGGAGCCAGGAGCGCUGCCUUUCACCCCUCAAAAUAUUCGUUCACACUUCCAACAUGUCUUUGUUAUUGUCCGUGUACACAACCCCUGCUCUGACAACACCAGUUACAGUGUUGCUGUGACACGAAUGAAGGAUGUACCCCCCUUUGGACCACCCAUCCCCAGCGGCGUCACCUUCCGUGACCCAGAGACCUUUCGUAACUUCCUUCUAGCCAAAAUUAUCAAUGCAGAAAGCGCAGCACACAAGUCAGAGAAGUUCCACACCAUGGCGACACGGACACGUCAGGAGUACCUGCGUGACCUGGCUGAGAACUAUGUCAGCAGCACGCCGCUCGACUCAGCUGGCAAACUAAACAACCUCAUCUCUCUUGCAUCUAAGAAACGCGAGCGCUCCAAGGCAAGAGAGGGAGCAGAGUUGGGAGCUGCAGGGGCAGUUGCCUGGAGAGUCCAGGCCCAGGACUUUAGUGGAGGAGGAACGGAGCUCCCCUGUGCCUUGGGUCUGUCAGCUGAAUACGUCCUCCUCACAGACUGUUCCACCAAAGAGGUGGUUUUUAACUGUUUCUGUGCUGAUGUGAUCGGCUGGACACCAGAGCGACUGGCACUGAAGAUCUUCUACGGUAGAGGAGACCACAUCGCCGUACGAGUGCCAGAGGGCUGUGCACAGGACAUCAGGGAGAUGGUUCAAAGGUUAAAGUCACUGACAGUGGGAUGUGAGACAGUAGAUAUGACACUGAGAAGAAACGGACUGGGACAACUGGGCUUCCAUGUUCGCCUGGACGGCACUGUAGCCGAGGUGGAGGAGUACGGCUUUGCUUGGCAGGCGGGUCUGAGGCAGGGCAGCCGCUUAGUGGAAAUCUGCAAGGUGGCCGCAGUGACGCUCACUCACGAGCAGAUGAUUGACCUGCUGAGGACGUCGGUCACGGUCAAAGUGGUCAUCAUUCCUCCGUACGAGGAGGGCGGACCUCGCAGGGGCUGCACAGAGGAGUACGAGAUGAAGACCAUGGAGCAGAAGCCAGAACCUGAGCCUCUGGCAGUAGGAUACCGACCCUCCCCUCGCCAAACGUGGCGAUGGGAAAGCUCGCCCAUUCCUCCGGGGCUCCACAGCACGCCCAACCCACAGCGUUGGGCACCCAUGGGCCCCCCACCUCCUCCACUGCCCCGCUCACACAAGGCCCUGAUGCCGGUUCCCUACAGAGAGCCUCAGCACCUCAACUCCAAGAGACCGGUGAGCUACCCAGAGAACCACUACAGUUUGUCCCCUGCAGGGGGCGAGAGAGUGCUGCCCUACAGAAACCCCUCCGCCAGCUUCUCCUCGCCCUCCUCAGGCCUGGUCGGUCUCUCCACGAUGGGGCCGCCUGGAAUCACACCAGGGCCCUUUGUACGCUACAAACCUUCACCCGACAGAUUUGGAACAGGACAGCGCCCCCUGCUGCCAUAUGAACCCCACCUCAGUGUGGACGUCACCUCCAGUGGAGAGUCUUCCUCGGGCUUCACAAGCCAGGAAAGCACCAUGGAGCGUGGCAAAACAGAACCCCUCUGGCAUGUCCCGGCGUCGUCGUCUCGGGGACCAGGUGGUGGAGGGGGGCAGCGGAGAAUAACCAGACAGGAUGUCCCAGGGAAAGACUCUCCAAACAGACAUUCGAAGGGUGAGACUCAGUACUCCAGCCACUCCAGCAGUAACACUCUGUCCAGUAACGCCUCCAGCAGCCACAGCGACGAGCGCUGGUUCGACGGAGGAGCUGGAGGAGAGCGAGGAGGCGGAGGUUGCCUCGGUGACCCGGCUGAUACUGACCCCGACCUCCUCAACAAGGGAGGGUCCAAUGACAGCGGCAUCGACGCCUCGACCCACUACAACAACACUCGCCACGGAAACAUGUCUAACAGCCAGUCCCACAAACCGAUGCACUGCUCUGCGACCUACAGCGGCAUCCAGGAGCUGUCAGUGGGAAGGAGCAGCGGCGGAGGAGAGGCGAGGAGACGAGAAUCUUCACCCAUCAUACCAGCUGCAUCCAAUCAGAACAAAGGAUACCGGACGAGGACAUUCCCGCCUCCUGGCUCCAGUGCUGAUAAGAUGGAUGCUUUCAAACCCAGGGCCUACACACCACAAGGUUACAAGACUCCAACAGCAGAAAAGGCGCGACCUGUCCGAGCCGCUACGACAACGCCAACUUCAGCUCAGUUAAGCUCCACCCCUCUGUCAAGCUCCGCCCCAAAGGCCUUAUAUGGAAAGAGCAGAGCAGCUGCCUGGCAGAGAGAAGAAACCUGCCCUUCGCCUUCAAACACAACAACAGCAUCCAACUCUGAAAGCACCAACAGCAAGAAGCAGGUGGAUACAAAUUCAAAAAACGUGUUCGGACAACCUCGGCUCCGAGCAUCACUGAGGGACCUGCGAUCUCCACGACGAACAUACAAGAGCACCAUCGAAGACGACCUGAAGAAACUGAUCAUCAUGGACAACCCAGGAGAGACGCCACAAAGAGAUCCAUCUCCUAGACGGACAUUGCAGCGCACCUUUUCAGACGAGUCACUGUGCAGCGGCCGCAGAGACUCCAGCUUUGCCAACUCGGAGAGCCAGACGACCCCCAGCGACAUGCUGUUCACCUGCACGCUGCCCACUCGCAGACACAACAUCUCCUCCAACCACAUGCAGGGCAAGAAGGUGCCUCUGUCUGCAUCAGAGCUGUCUCUUACAGAAGUGAGAGACAAAGUUCCCCCUCUGAGGAGACUCGAACCCGGCCUGAUGCCCCUCCCUGACACAGCCUGUGGACUGGAGUGGUCCAGCCUGGUCAACGCUGCUAAAGCCUACGAAGCACAAAGAGCAGUUUCCCUCUUCUCGCUGACAGAGCCGCAGGUUGGAGGUCUGGACAUGAGACCAGUCAUCAGUCCAGUCCAGUUUCAGACUCCUCAGACACCACGGACCACACCCACCUUCAGCGGAGACGAGGUGCCCAACGAUCUGUCCGGUCGACUCUACCACCUGGAAGUGAUGUUAAAACAGCUGAACAAUGAUCUGGAGAGAGAGAAGAAGGAUAAAGUCGUUCUGCUGGCGGAGAUGGCCAACCUGAGAGAGAACAACCAGCGCCUGCAGGAGGAGAGCCAGACGGCAAGCGAGCAGCUGCGCAAGUUCAGCAUGCUCUUCACAAACCUCGACAAAACGGCCAGCGACCACGAGGGUCACUACGUAACGCAUGAGGCUGACUCACAGAGGGAGUGAUCGACGGCUGCAGAAGAAGAGCGUGAGAUUCAGGCCGGAGUGAGAGUUCCCAUGACUCUUUGCACUCGCUGAAGCGGCAGAGGACACAACGAUGUCACCUGACUCAGCUUCCACUGGACGGCCUUAAAUCGCAGACGACAACAAAAGGACCAUCUGGAUUUUAAAAUUGUAACCCUCAGAGAGCCUGCACACAGACGGAGCAGAGACCCUCCCUCUCUACACCCUGAGCCUGUUUAUUUUUCUAAACUGAAGUGAAGACGUCUUACGUCCGUGUUAUUUGUAUAAAUACAGAAAUACAUAAUGCUACUAUGCCAGAGGAGCGAGCAGGAGAGGAGAUCCUGACUGUUUUAGAGAACACUACAUCACCUGGAGAGGCCUAAUACUGUUCCUGCAGCGAAUCAGCCAAAAAGACACUCAUUACAGACUGCAUCUCCCAGAAUGCACUAGAAGUAAUGGAAGCUCUACAGACAUGGUACUGUAGAUAGAUGCCUGUGUGGUACAAUUCUCUUGUAUCAAUAUUCUCAACAUUGUACUGAUAUUGUAUAACAGUCGUACUAAAGAGGUGUGUGUGUGUGUGUGUGUAAAACUGGUGGUACAAUGCUCAGAAGCAUUACGGCACAACGGCGUUUGUGCUCGAGGAGGAUGCAUUUUAUUCCUUCGGUGUGAGUGUUAACGUGAGAGUUUGGGUGUUAUAUGUCUGUUAAAGGACAACUGAGUGAUGAACAAACUUGUUUACUGUAAUAUGAAACUCGUGGGCCGCAAUAUUUUUCUGUCCAUGUUUACGUGGAUGAACUACGGCCCACAGAUGUGAAACAAGCCAUCAGCAUGUUGAGUAAAUGGUUGAUGUCGCGAAGCUCAGUGAUUACAACAGCAUCAUAUCUCUGAUAUAGUGAACUGUUUUGAUUUUAUUUUCCACUGUUUUCAGCAGUGCCCUGUCAUCUCAGAUCGAACUGGACCAUUAUUUUAACCUCGACGUUUUUGUUUUUGGUGCAACAUUUUGAGAAUUAUGCUUUCUGGAGGAGCAUCAGAUGAGAAGACUGAUAAUGGUAGAAGCACUUUGCAUUCCUUAUUUUGUAAUUAUGUCUUACUAUAAAAUACUAGUAUAUAAUAAUAUCUCAUAAUUGUGAGAGAAAAGGUAGUUAGCAAUCAUCACUAUACUUGAGAGGACCAGGGUGAUGGUGCUGUCUGAUUUAAUGUCAUUAAUAUGAGCUUGAAUAUCAAAAAAAUGUCAAAAAUCUUUACUUCUGUGAGCAGAUGUAAACUUUUACAUGAAAUGAGAAGCGUAAUCUUGCCAUCGAUGCUGAAAGUUGUGGUGUGAGCUGUAACCUGAGUCCCGUUAUAGCUUAUAUUUGUUUACAUAUUUAAAAUGAAGUACACCAAGCUAGCUUGUCACAGUUUAUCUUGCAGUUUAAUGCACUGACAAUUAUUAUUGAAUUACUUUGAUGAAGAAGAAAUGUUAAAAACCAAACGAUUCUCAGGCAAGCUCUGACGCAUUCCAAUUCAUAUCCUGCAAUUUCUUUUUUUUUGCACAUUGUGAGAUAAUUUCUAAUUGAGUUAAGAUGUUCUAGUUCUUUUUCUUUUGUGAAUGAAACGUGCUUCCAUAGUUUUCACACUCGCUUUAAUGUCUUCCUGUUAAUAAUAAGAGCCUGAAUGAUGUGUCAUAUUACCUGCAGAUAAUCACUAAAAGAUGCCUGAGGUAAUUUAGAACUAGCGUCAUAACACAGUUUGUCCAGCAGAGCAGCUGCGUCUGUGUUUUUUUAUAACAUGCUUAGCAGUGUGUGCAGCACAUGUAGCCGAGCAGGUACAGCAGCUGAACAGACUUUGGUGCGGAGUCGAGUCGUGACUUUACAGUAAGCUGCUAACUAGUUGGAGAAAUUCAUUGCUGGAAAGCUAUUAAACCAUGGCAACAUCAUUUUCCCUUCUUAAUAUUACUCUUAUGAAUAUAUUUAAAUAAUGUUGGCCGAUGUAUUGAGAUGAGAAUUUUCUACACUCCAAUAGUCUUGUGUUGUUCGGGCUCUAGAGAUGAGGCUGCAAACAGGAAAUGGUUCUCAGUUUUAACACUGUAUCUACAAAACUGAAUUAAAAUCCACAACAGUUCAUAAUUUUAUUUACUGAUAACUUUUGGCUAGUAGCUUCCUGGAGUUGCUGCUGGUUGCCUGGUAACCAUCUGUAAAGUUCUCAUGAGCUGGAUUUUAAACACCAAACAUGGUGCGCUCAACAUAUUUAGCUCUAAAAAUAAAAGGUGCUCGCUGCUCAGUGGAAUUUCUAACACUAGAUGCAAAAAGCAGCAUCAGUCUUCUCAUCUGCUCUCAGCUGAUCGGCGUAAUUCCCCAAAAUGUGAAGCUAUGUGUGUAAUUCUACUCCAGCUGUAAUAUGUGCUUAUAGGAAACAUGCUGUACAUGAACGUCACUCAACGACACUGAAGCUCUUUCAUAUCAGAACCAGUCUGUUUGUAUGUGUGAGAGGGUUUAUCCCCGUACUCUGUGAUAAAUGACCACAGGAGACACUAUUUAUACUGCUCGCUUAAUGAUGUUUAAUGAUGUUGUCUACUAUAUCUAUUUUUCAUACAGAAGUGUGCUGUUUGAAUGCUGGUACUGAAUGGACAAUACAUCCCUGCAGAGGGUCAAUCCUCCCGUUCCAGUUUCUGAUAAAACUACUCGUUGAUCAUCUCUCGCUCUGCUCUGCACCAAGGUUUCCUCUUUAAUCCGACUGGAUCUGGUUACUUCAAUUUUCCAACCCACUCAGGUUCUUCAAGAUGCUGUUAAUGACACUAAGUAUCAUCAGAUAGGGGCGGCUGAAGGGAGUCCAUGCCCUGCUGUUUGUACCACUUCUGGCAUCCCUUUAAUAUUUCUGGGUGUGUUUUGGUCAGCAGGAUUGGAUUUUGUGUUUAAUUUUCUCGAUAAGCCAAAAACAGACUGUUCUGAUUGAGAAGUUUAACGGUUUCUCAGCUGCUUUUCCAUCAGUUGACUCUCUGGACAUGCUGUGAUAAAGGACUUUCCUCCACACUCCUACUAUCAGAACCACUUCUUUUUCAAUAAGAGGGCACCGGCAUCGUAUUCUGACUCAGAGCUGAACAAAAAAACUUCUCUGCAUCUGCUUUAACACCAGCUUCCUUUAACCCUCUGCGGCUAAUUACACAGUUUCAAGACGGACUGUUUUCAUCCCAGUGACUUUGGGUUCAGACUUUACAGCUUUCACGAGGUUGUCAUCAGCUUCUUCCCUUCAUAUAAAACUGCCACGUUUAAUAACAAAGUCGACACACUCCUGUUAUUCCUCCAGCUGGAAAUCCUUCAUUCACGCAGCUUCGCAGGUGUAGCUGUGAUUUUAAUAUCUUCAAGUCUUAAUCUUUAGUUUGCUUAUGUAAAAGGGGCAAGGUUUCUUUUUUAUAUAUAUAUAAAUCUUGUUCAUGUUAUAUAUAAUUUUAAGCUAUUUAUAGCAUACACGACGCCCCCUGUUGAACAAAUCAAUAAUGCAUUAAUAAUGGUAAUAUCGUAUGACUAGGUUUUUUUUUUUUUUUUUGUUUUUUUUUUAGAUGUUAAAUAUUUUUAUAAUUUAUUUUUUAACACGUUGGCCACUGUUGCAGACAGUAGUGAAGCAGAGAGGGUACUGUGUUUUAUUUGUGUACGCUGUUUAACUUGUGAUUUCUGUACAAAACUGAUUUGCAUCUUUUUUUUUUCCGGCUUCACGUUUCCUCUUCGUGCGUCGGUGCUUUGUGCAUGCGGCAGGGGUACGCGAAGCUACGGCGAAAAAGUUUGGUUUUCUUUGGGUUGUAAUAAUAACUUGUACAUUUAAAAGUGUAAAUUAUGUUUUCAUUAUUUUAUAAAAAAAAAAUAUAUUAAAAAUAAGUAUCAAAAUGUG